CAACAACAACAGCAUCAGCAGCAACACCAGCAGCAGCAGGAGGUUCCCAAUGACUUGUUAGUUUGUUCUCUACGUUUGCUUGCUGUCGUCGUUGUUGUUGUUGUUGCUGUUGCUCUUGUUGUCGUUGUUGUGUGCGUUGAUGUCGUUCUUCACUUAAAGGACAAUGAUGACAUCGACGAUGACGCCGGUCUACACGACGACGACGACGACGACGACGACCAACACCACAGCUGCGACGACGACGCUUACCAGACUACGUACGACUAUGAUGAUGCUUAUGAUGACGGCGAUUAUGAUGAUGACUAUGAUGGUGAUGAGCACGUGUAAUGCUCGCGUCUUGGCAUUUUACAAUGGACCGUGUUUAUAACCGCUGUUCGCAUCGCUGACCACUUCAGCCCCAAUAUUUCAUGACAGGCAAAGCUAAGGUCACAGCCUGGAAUCGAAUUCGAAAUCUUGGGAAAAAUCGCUGAAGUUUAUUUUUACCCAAGCUUUAGAAAUUGUUUGGGAAUGUCAAUAAAUUUUUGGUGACUGUUGACUGUAAAGUUUACAAAUCAUGAAGCUUAGUCGCAAGCUUCACAGCGGGGCGGCUCCAGCCUCGUCAGACAACCAAGAACUAAACGAGCAACAACAGACAACUGACUGCCAAUCUGAUGCUCAACCGUUACUGGCAGAUGAAGUAAACAAUGAUAUAGUUACCGAAUUCUUUUCUUCUACAUUGCAAGCACGCUCUAAUAUAUUAAAUGGCAGCCUAGGCCCAUUACACUUACCUCCGCACAGGAGCAUCACAUCCCCUCAACACCCAACUCAGGAUCUUCUGGAAACUUUAAACAUGCACCAAUAUCAAGGCCAAAAGCUGGCAGCAGCCAGACGAAAACAGAAACGGCAACAAGAAAUCCUCGCCCAAAACAGCGAGCAUAUUCGACAAAUAGGUGAAAAAUUACAGAAACCGCGUUCAAGUGUCGAUGCUGGCCUUCCGGCCAACGGAGCAGCGUCUUCGUCGUCAGCAUCGUCAUCUCCUUCGUCGUCGUCAUUCUCAUCGUCACCAUCACCAUCAUCUUUUUCAUCACCACAACCACCUCAAUGACGAAUGAAGAAGCAAAUAGCUAGCUAGCUAGCUAGCGAGCUUGCUAACGUGGACUGUAAAGCAGCCAUUAUCAUGUUCGGAUGACUGUCCACAAUGGCGUACAGUUACCCGAAUUUGGAACUAAUUUAAUAUUCGUUAGAAAAUGAACGAAAAUAUCAUCAAUCUGUUUGUGAGUUUGCCUCUCUUUUGCGUGUAUCGCUUCCUUCUCGAUUCUGUCACCAAACAAAGGAAGACGUAUCAACCAACACACCAUACACAUACAAUGACAAAACAAAUAGCCUCUUCUCGGUAUAUAUAUUCACAUAUAUACAUACACAGACAUGGACGAAGACCUACGGAAACUCUUAAAACGGAUAUAAAACACAGAGUUCAAAUAUUGAUGCGUGCGCAUGUGAAUUACUGAAAGCGAUUUUUGAGCGUGUAUGUAUGUGAGUGUGUUGAAAAUUCGCGUCAUGUUCAUUAGCAAACAAGUCCACUUCUAUACGUCUCGAUACACACUUAACGGUACGAUUACAAAUGUGUCCUCUGUGUUGAUUUUAUAAACACUUCCGCACACAUUCCAUAUCUCGAAAUCUCUAUUUCCCUGAGACGAAGAUUUACUCAGUCACCUACAUAUAUAUAUAUAUAUAUGUACGUAUGGAUAUGCAUGUAUAUUAUAUGUUCACACUUGUAUAAUGUAAAUGUAUGAAUGUAAGGGUGUUCCAGCCUAGAUAAUUGAUAUAAUGGCUUUUCUGUAUUUUGAAUUUCCAGGAUUCUAAAUUGGGUCUUGUACUAAAAACGGAAUUUGACAAUAAAAUGUAUUUAUAAUCUGCAA